GUUGCGUGACUUAGAAGGUAUUAAUAAAUCUCUGAAGUAUUACAAAGAUACUUACAAUUCUUUGGACACUUGGAUUCAACAAGUGGAAGAUACUCAACGAAAGAUUCAAGAAAUCCAUCCUGAAAAUAGCAAAGCAUUGGCUAAACAGCUGAACCAACAUAAGAUGCUGGUUUCUGAGAUUGAAAUGAAACAAAGCAAAAUAGAUGAAUGCCAGAAGUAUUCAGAACAAUACUCAGCUGCUGUGAAGGACUAUGAGUUGCAGACUAUGACCUACAGAGCUAUGGUUGACUCCCAACAGAAAUCUCCUGUGAAACGCCGAAGAAUGCAAAGCUCAUCAGACUUCAUUCUUCAAGAGUUCAUGGAUUUACGAACUCGUUAUACUGCCUUAGUGACCUUGAUGACCCAGUACAUUAAGUUUGCAGGUGACUCUUUGAAAAGACUGGAAGAGGAAGAGAUUUUAAAGAAUAAGGAAGCAUCAGUGUGUGAGGCAUAUUCAGAUCUGAUGGCACAGCAAAAUAGCACAAUUGAUGAGAACAGAAAACUCAUGGGAAGGGUAAAAGCACUUGAGGAGAUGUUGGAGGAUAUGAAGAAACAAAAAUUCCAAGUGGAACAGGAGCUCCCUAAAGUGAGGGAAGCUGCAGAAAAAGAGCGGAAGAAGCAGCAAAAGGACAUGGAAGAGAUCUGUCUUCAGAAGACCAAGGCUGAACAAGAGGCAAAGCAGUGUCGUAUAGAUCUAGAAAGCAUUGCAAAAGAGAAAGCGGACACAGAGCAGGAGCUGGAGUGUGCAAGGCAGCUCAUUUUUCAGGCAGAGACUCAAAGAGGUAUACUGGAAGAAAACCUCCAUGCUUUUCGGAAUCAAAUAGAAGAAAGCACCUUUACCAGAAGAAACCUUGAAGAGCAUCUGAGAAGAAAAGAUACUAAUCUUCAUGAUUUAGAGCAACAAAAAAAAACCUUAAUGCAGGAACUGAAGAAAAAAAUGGAAGGAGAGGAGAAACUUAUGAAACUGAUAAAGCAAAUGGAACAAGAUCUUGAAUUUAAAGGGAACCUACCAGAAAUAAAGCUGCAAGAAGGAGAGCGAGCUGAAACUAGAAGGAGGGUGGUUGAAGGCAGAUACUCUGUAACUAGAAAAACUCCCCUGGCAACUUUAACGGCUGGGCAAGGCAGCCAGUGUAGGACUGGUUCUGAAAUUACAAGUUUCCACAAGAAACAAGAAGCCAAAAAAGUAGAAGAUCUUAAACAGAAAAUAGAUGAGCUAACCCUUGCUAACAAAAAAGCUGAUAAAACCAUUAAAGACCUGAAAUACGAACUGAAUGAAAUUGAGCUUGAGAAAUCAUCAACAGAAGAGAAGUCUCGUUUAUUAAAAGAAAAACUGGAUAAAGUCUAUAGUGAUGUUAAAUACCUAAAAAUUAAGUUGGAGGAAAAAGACCAAGUAGAGCAGGGAUAUUUGCAACAGUUGAAAGAACUGGACAAGCAGCUACAUAGAACCACGGGUAAAGCUGAAGAAGUGAUGCAAGAAGCUAUAGAUCUUAAGAAAAUUAAGAUGAACUAUCAGGAGGAGCUGAAAUCUGUUCAACAAGAAAAGACACAGCUAAAAAGAGAAGUAGAGGAAUUAACUAGAUCACAGACAAAAAGUGAAAUCACUAUCAGACACUUAAAUUCACAAAUCAGUUCUCUUCAAAAAGAGAAGCUGGCUGCUGAACACAGAACACAGUCAUGCAAAGGGGAAGCAAAUAAUCUUCAAGACCAAUGUAAGAAAAUUCAAGAACAAUUGCUUCAAAAAGCAAAAGUAGAAAAAGAAAACCAGCAGGAAAUUCAGAUGCUAAAGAAUGAAUUAGCCAAAAGUAAUCAGGUGUCAGAAACAUUGAAACAAAAGAUAGAGGACCUUAAUAAAUGGAAUACUGAAACAAAACUAUUGAUGAAGCAAAUUCAAUCUGAAUCAGAGAAGACAACUUUGGAAAAACAAAGUAUUCAGAGGAAAAAUGAUGCAUUAAAAGCCCUAGCUGAUGGUUUCAAAGAGCAACUACGUACAACAAAUGAACAAUUGCACAAGCAAACAAAAAUUGAGCAAGAAUUCAUAUGUAAAAUCAAAAGCCUAGAAGUUGAUCUAGCAAAAACAAAAGACUUAGCUAGUGAAUAUAAACAGAAAUGGGAUAAACAAAGUGCUUCCACCUUAACCGUUGACCGGGAGGUUAAAAAUCUAAAUGCCCAAGUGAAUGCUCUAACUAUGGAAAAGAGAGUGAGUGAGCAGAAGAUACAACUACAACAAUCUCAUAUACAAGAGCUAAGUAAUAAAUUAAAAAAAUUACAGGAUGAACUCCAUCAGAAGACUCUGGAUGAACAAAUGGCACACAAGAAGAUGAUUCUGUUUCAGGAAGAAUCCAUUAAGUUUAAACACUCUGCAGAGGAAUUCAGGAAAAAAGUUGAAAAACUACUGGAAUCCCAUAGCAUUACAGAAAAGGACAUUUCUGGCAUAAAACUAGAAUGUGUUGCUCUUCAGCAGACUGAGGAAAACAUCAUGUUGUACAAGAUACAAAUGGAAGAUCUGCAAGAAAGGCUUAAAAAAUGUCACGAGCAGCUACAGCAAGGGAAGCAGGCUGAAAUGGACUAUCACCAGAAGUGCAGGAAACUUGAGGAAGAAUUGGAAGCUCAGAAGUGCACAGUUGAGAGCUUGAAACAGAAAAUGGAUCUGCAGGUCAGCGAGGGGGAACACAGGUUUCUUUCGUUUCAGAAUGAAGUUCAGCAAAAUAAUAAACUCCAAGAUUCUGGAUUUAAAUUGAACUGUGAGAGAAGAAGGAAUGACCUGAGUGACACUGCAGCUAGAGACUUUGAACAGCUUCCUCCACAUGCAAAACCUAGCUCACCUUUGUUAAGACAGAAAGAGGAGAGAUCAGGUUUUAAAUCUAAUCAAAUUCAAGACAAUACAUUGUAUGUGAGUGCUGAUGAUACAAUACCGAGAGAGGUGCAGGUCCAGAUGUCAAGAAUAAACCAAACCCUAGAAGAAGAUUCAGGCCCACAAUCUUUUACAGAGUUUGUUUCUCAAAUGAGUACACAGUUCCAAAUAACUUUUGAUAAAGCAAGCCAAAUCUCUGGAACAUCUGAAAGGGACAAAUUGAGAAACAGGAAGCUACACAGUUACAGACAAACUAUUAGACAUGGUGAAGACACAAAACAUGAAUUAGGAGUAGUAAAACUGCAUCCCUUGGAGAUAGUGAAGAACAAGCAGUAUGACAUGCAUGUUGAAGUCACAACAUUAAACCAAGAAAAUGACAAGACUUUUGGUAACGAAGAGAGAAUGUUUGAGGGAUACAAAACAUCUGAAGGGUUUAGGAAAGAAGAUUUUGCAAAGAUUUUGAAAACUGUUGAUGAUGCUAUGCAGUCGGAAUAUUUUACAGAGGAAUAUGAUGAUAUUAAAUUUCAAGGUCUCCGACAUAAUGUAACUGCCAGACAGUUGACUGAAGUUAAACUUCUAGACAGGCUCACAGUUGAGCAGCUCCGUUCAGGGCAGAAAACUAUUGAUGAGGUUCAGAAAAGUCUUGAAAAAUUUUUGACUAAACCUACAGCUAUAGCUGGGCUGUACCUUGAAUCCAGCAAGGAGGUAGUCUCUUUUGCUUUAGCAGGGAAGAGAAGAAUCAUAGGAAAAGCAUUGGCAUUAGCAUUUUUAGAGGCCCAGGCAGCUACUGGUUUCAUCAUUGAUCCCACAACAGGUCAGAAAUUCUCUGUUGAUGAUUCAGUUGUUAGAGGGCUUGCAGAUAAUGAAUUCAAGAGUAGACUACUUGAGGCAGAGAAAGCUGUUUUGGGCUAUUGCUGUUCUGGGAAAGUGAUCUCUGUGUAUCAGGCUAUGGAAGCUCGACUCUUAGAAAGACAAAAAGGUAAAAAUAUCCUUGAGGCUCAAAUUGCAAGUGGGGGGGUCAUUGAUCCUGUAAGAAGUGUUCGUGUACCUCCGGAAACCGCUGUGCAUCUUGGCUUGCUUAAUAACACAAUUUUAAAGUUUUUGCAUGAACCUUCUAGUAAUGCGAAAUGUUUUCACAAUCCAAACAACAGGAAAGCUGUAUACUACUGUGAUUUGCUGAAAAUGUGUUUGUUCAGUGUAAGCAGUAAAUGCUUUCUACUUCCAGUUGGUGAAAGGAAAAUAACCAGCCCAUCACCAGAGAAAAGUCAUAAAAUUUCUGUAGUAGAUGUCAAAACAGGAGCAGAAAUGACCUCGUACGAGGCUUAUCUAAAAAAUUGUGUUGAUAAAGCUACAUAUCUCGAGCUUUCAAAACAGGAAUUUGAUUGGAAGGAGUCUACUUGUUUUGACUCUGAUGGGAAUUCUUUUCUUUUGCUUACAGAUCUUAAAACCGGUGUACAGUUUAAUAUCGAGGAGACCUUAAAUCAGGGUAGAAUUGGCAGAGCAUUAAUCAAUAAAUAUAAGGAGGGUUUAAUCACAGCUAAUGAGUUUGGUGAUAUUUUAGUUAGCAGUUCACAGGCAAAUAAAGAUUUAAACAGUCCUAUUGCAGGGUUCUGGCUUUCUGAAACCAAUGAAAGAAUUCCAGUCUUAAAAGCCUCACGCAAAAACUUAGUAGAUAGAAUUACUGCCCUCCGAUGUCUUGAAGCUCAGGUUAGUACAGGAGGCAUAAUUGAUCCGUUUACUGGGAAAAAGUACAGUGUGUCAGAAGCUUUGCAAAGGGAGUUAAUCGAUGAUGGCUGUGCCAAGCAAAUCCAGCAGUGUGAACUAAUCUUCACUGGGAUCAUUCACCCUGUAAGGAACACAGUUAUGUCAGCUGUUGAAGCUGUGCAUUUAAAUGCGAUAGAUAAAGAAAUGGGCAUGCGCUGCCUGGAGUAUCAGUACUUGACUGGUGGGUUGAUAGAUCCAAAGUCUCAUUCCAGAUUAACAAUGGAAGAUGCAAUUAAGAUUGGUAUUAUUGAUGCUGUCACAGCUACAAAGAUGAAAGAUGAAAAAUUGUAUGUUAAAGUUAUAACAUGCCCCAAAACGAAGAAGAAGUUAACCUACAAGGAAGCUUUAGAGAGAACCGUUUUUGAUUGCCACACUGGGCUGCGAUUGUUAGAAGCAGCUCAGCCCAUGAAGGUGGGAAUUUCCAGUCUUUACUAUAAUUCAUGA